AUGUCUGAUUUUGCACCAUUGAAGAAUGAUCUCAUUCUCAGAGCAGCUAAAGGAGAGAAAGUAGAAAGAGUACCAAUAUGGAUUAUGCGUCAAGCAGGACGAUAUUUGCCAGAGUACCACGAAGUCAAAGGGAACAAGGAUUUUUUCCAAGCAUGCCAGGAUGCGGAAACGGCAUCAGCUAUUACGAUCCAGCCUGUUGACCAUUUCGAUGGUUUGAUUGAUGCUGCGAUCAUCUUCAGCGACAUUUUAGUGAUUCCACAAGCAAUGGGCUUUGAGAUAAACAUGGUAGAGGGUAAAGGUCCGGUGUUUGCCUCGCCAUUGAGAAGUCCAGAUGAUCUUGCACGUAUUGACUUGAACCCAGACGUCAAGGUAAAGCUUGACUGGGCAUACAAAGCCAUCACAUUGACGAGAAAAAAAUUGGAUGGCAGAGUUCCGCUUUUAGGUUUUGUUGGGGCUCCAUGGACGCUUUUAGUGUAUAUGACAGAGGGUCAAGGUUCAAAAAUGUUUAGAUUUGCCAAGCAAUGGAUAUUUGAGUACACCGAAGCCGCACACAAACUCUUGCAAGCAACAUGUGAUGCUUGUAUCGAGUUUUUGGCUCAGCAGGUGGUUGCCGGUGCCCAAAUGCUCCAGGUCUUUGAAUCAUGGGCCGGAGAGUUGAGCCCAGCAGAUUUCAACACGUUUUCCUUACCAUAUUUGAAACAAAUUGCAUCGAGAUUACCAAAGAGAUUAUCAGAAUUGGGAAUUAAGGAGAAGAUCCCAUUGACUGUUUUCGCCAAGGGUGCAUGGUAUGCUCUUGACGAUUUGUGCAAUGCAGGGUACGACACAGUAUCACUCGACUGGCUCUAUGAUCCUAAAGCCGCUAGAAAGGUAGUUGGCGACAGACGCAUCACUUUGCAAGGUAACUUGGACCCCGGUGUCAUGUAUGGUUCUGAUGAUGUUAUUGAUCAAAAAGUGAAAGAAAUGAUUAGUGGCUUCGGCAAGGAGAACUACAUUAUAAACUUUGGACACGGAACACAUCCAUUUAUGAAACCAGAAAAGAUAGAGCGCUUCUUGAAGCUGUGUCAUAAAUAUGGCACGGCAUAA